AUGUAAACUAAAUAAGCUUUCUUUAAACCAUUUAAUUAUGAAUUAAUAACAAAGGGUGAUCCAAUAAAACAAGAUUAGCGGUCUUAUGCUUUAGCUUUUAACAUAGAUUGUUCGAUACUAAUAGCUGGAUGUUCAUAUUCAGUUAGAGUAUUUGAAGUUAACAAUGGAAUAUUAGAAGAGAUUCAUGUCUUGAAUGAGCACACUGGUUAUGUUAAUACAUUAAAUUUUUUUAAGAAAUCACCAUUACAAUUUAUUUCAAGUGAUGCUGAUUCUACCAUAAUAUUAUGGAAAUAAAUGAAUAAUAAAGAAUGGAAAUGUUAAUAAAAAUUAUUAGGACAUACAUCAUCAAUUUGGGCAUUGAUUAUAAAUAAAGAAGAAGAUCUCAUCAUUUCUAGUGGUUUAGAUAAAAGUAUUAAAUUUUGGACUUAAUAAAAUCAAGAAUGGAUAUGCUGUUAAACAAUUCAAGAACUUAAUAGUCAUGUUUACAGUUUAAGCAUAAGUGAAUCCUAAACAUAAUUGAUUUCUUGUAAUGGGGAUUCAACAAUAUUUAUAAUAGAACAACAAAAAUAAAACACAUGGCAAGUAAUACAAAAGCUCAAGACUACCUAAUUAGGAUAUCGAGUAUGCUUUAUUAAUGAAGAAAUAUUUACAUUUUAACCUAAAGCUGGUGAAUAUUUAGAAAUAUUUAAAAAAAAAGAAAAUGGAGAGUUUACUAAGUCCUAAGAAAUUGCAGUUAAAGGAGGUAAUUCAUAUUGCAGAUUUCUCUUCCCUUAGCAAUUUAUUAUUUAAAAAUCCCUUCUUAUUAGCAAAAAUGGUUCUUAUUUAAAUUUUAUUAGGUAUUAUUAGAACUAAGAUUAAACUUUCGAAUUUAUAAUUGAAUAAUCUAUUGAUUUUGGUUCUGAUACAAUUGGUUAUUUAUAUGGGAAUGCAAGUGAUGAUGGAUAAUUAUUGGCUAUUUGGAAUGGUUAGUCAUUAGAAUUUUAGAUUUAUCAAUAUAAAGAAUACUGA